CGUCGGUGACACCGGCUGUGGUUGUGGCACUGCCAGAGUCGGAGCCGGCGCCGUUCCUGGCGCUGUCGGAGGGGACGAAGAACCGCCUGAUGGCGGCUGAGGGAGCCCUGCUGCUGCUGUGCGCCGCGGGGCCUGGGAUGCUGCUGCUGCUCAGGAAGCGCUGGGCCAACGAGCGGCUGCUGCAGGGCAAGAAGAGCCUGGGGGAGGAGGAGAACCUCUAUGAGGUGACGGGGGGACAUCGGGGGGACAUCAUGGGGAUGUGGGAGGGACACGGAGACACAGAGAUACGGGGACAUCGUGGUGACACGGGGACAUCCCUUGGUGGCCUUGGGGCUGCGGGGACACGAUCCUCGGUGGCCGCGGGGACACAUUUGGUGGCCAUGGGGACACAUUGAGUGAGCACGGGACACAUUUGGUGGCCAUGGGGACACAUUGAGUGAGCACGGGACACAUUUGGUGGCCCUGGGGACACAUUGAGUGAGCACGGGACACAUUUGGUGGCCAUGGGGACACAUUGAGUGAGCACGGGACACAUUUGGUGGCCAUGGGGACACAUUGAGUGAGCACGGGACUCAUUUGGUGGCCAUGGGGACACAUUGAGUGAGCACGGGACUCAUUUGGUGGCCAUGGGGACACAUUGAGUGAGCACAGGACAC